AAGCUGAAAAGUGGAAUCAAUACAUCUGUGUGCUAAUGAUUAACUGAUCACCAGCUGGAAAACUGUCAGCUCAAUUUUCAUAUUGCCAAAUGCUUGAUUUCAAUAUUUUUUGUGUUCAAAUUGUUCCAGUUAGAACCUCAAUAUAGUAAGCAAAUUUAAGCACUUUGAAACCAGUUGUAGGACUUACUUAAAAUGUUGUUGAACUGGGAGCUAGAAGUUCAGAUCUGCAAACACUGUUAGUCCAGUCCGGUUAAACUUCAGGACUUCUGCUGAAGUCAGUGGGGCUACUUGUAGCUGAGCACGUGCAUUUCUCCUGAAUAAGGUUCUGCUGGACGAGAUACGGAUAUGGUGGAUGGGUACACCUGGAUCAUCACUGCAAGGGACAGGCAAAGAUGAUGAAGGAUGGAAAGGUUUUUAGAGUUAUUCAAGAGAACUGCUGGGAUCCAGAAGUACGGAUUAAAGAGAUGGACCUAUCAGGUGUCACAGUCCAAGUCCUUUCCACAGUCCCUGUAAUGUUCAGCUACUGGGCCAAACCUCAGGAUGCUUUAGAUCUAGCCCAGAUAUUAAAUAAUGACUUAGCUGCUACAGUAAAAAAGUACCCCAAGAGGUUUAUCGGCUUGGGUACGAUACCUUUGCAAGCUCCAGACCUGGCUGUGAAGGAAAUGCAUCGCUGCGUGAAUGAACUUGGAUUUCCUGGAGUACAAAUAGGAUCUCAUGUCAAUGAAUGGGACCUGAAUGCACCAGAACUGUAUGAUAUUUAUGCUGCAGCUGAAAAAUUAAAUAGCUGUCUCUUUGUACACCCCUGGGACAUGCAGAUAGACGGAAGGAUGUCCAAAUAUUGGUUUCCCUGGCUAAUAGGCAUGCCAGCAGAAACAACCAUAGCCAUUUGCUCCAUGAUUAUGGGAGGAAUUUUUGAAAAAUUUCCUAAGCUGAAAGUUUGCUUUGCACAUGGAGGUGGAGCUUUUCCAUACACAGUGGGGCGAAUUUCCCAUGGAUUCAACAUGCGCCCUGAUUUAUGUGCAGUGGAUAACAAGGUGGAUCCAAAAAAAUACCUUGGUUCAUUUUAUACAGACUCUCUUGUCCAUGAUCGUGGUGCACUAAGGCUGCUAACAAGUGUAAUAGGAGAGGACAAAGUUAUUUUGGGGACAGAUUACCCUUUUCCACUUGGGGAACUGGAACCUGGAAAGUUGAUUGAUUCAAUGGAUGAUUUUGACAAUAAACUGAAGGAUAAACUCAAGGCUGGCAAUGCCCUAGAAUUUUUGGGUCUUAGCAGAAAACAAUUUGAAUAAUUACGAAGAUAUUAAAGAGACCAAAUGUCGUGGUUUAACCCCAGCUGGCAACCAACUCCCACACAGCCGCUCGCUCGCUCCCCCUGGUGGGAUGGGGGAGAGAAUCAGACGGGUAAAAGUGAGAAAACUCGUGGGUUGAGAUGAAGACAGCUUAAUAGGUAAAGCAAAAGCUGCGUGCACACGCAAAGCAAAACAAGGAAAUCAUUCACUGCUUCCCAUGGGCAGGCAGGUGUUCAGCCAUCUCCAGGAAAGCAGGGCUCCAUCACGUGUAAUGGUGACUUGGGAAGACAAAUGCCAUCACUCUUAAUGCCCCCUUUCCUUCUUCCCCCGGCUUUUUAUGCUGAGCAUGACACCAUAUGGUAUGGAAUAUCCCUUUGGCCAGUGUGGGUCAGCUGUCCCGGCUGUGCCCCCUCCCAGCUUCUCACUGGCAGAGCAUGGGAAACAGAAAAGUCCUUGACUAGUGUAAGCACUACUUAGCAACAACUAAAACAUGAGUGUGUUAUCAACACUAUUCUCAUGCUAAAUCCAAACCACAGCAUUAUACCAGCUACCAGGAAGAAAAUUAACUCUAUCCCAACUGAAACCACGACAGUAUCCACCCCUUAUUCUAUACCAUCUAUAUCAUAUCCAGGUCCCACACUUUCUAAUACGUCCCAAUCAAUCACCACCACCUUUCCUGUCUCUUGAGAUAAACACACAGAUAUCAUUCCUGUAGUCUACAGGCCAUCCCUCUAAAAUGUUUACUGAGUUCAUUUAGCCCACGCCUUUGGGCUCCAUCUGCCAUAAGAGCCCUUCAGGGCAGGAGAGACAGUGUGUGGUGUUGGAUUGUUGCAUGCUGAAACCAGUUCUGGUUCCAUUAUCGCUGUGCUUCUCCAGUUCUAUCAUCGCUGCACUUUGCUCAGUUUCAUCAAAGUUCAUUCCUCAUUAAUCUUGGACAUUCUUACUGUAAUACUAUUGACAUAGUAUAUUUCCACCAUAGAAAUGAUUUUACAGUAAUUAACAUCACACCAUUGAAUUAGUUGGCUAUUCUCACCCAGAAUCAAAUCUCUUUAAGGUACACAUCAGACUUGCCCAUUCUCCCGCAUAACCACCAAGCGCACCCAGGUCCUACAGCAGAAACAAUCCCAAGAAUGGGUUUGCCUUUGCCUGAGGCAGGAAUAACCCAGACAGUUUUCCCCAGCACAUUUUUUACAUGCACAUAGGGACUUUAUGCCCUUCCACACUAUGUAAGAUUUCUGACUGGGCAGGGCCAGCUCGAUUGGCAGAUCCCCAAGUUUUAACUGACCAGGUGGCUUUUGCUAAAUGUGUAUCCCAGUGUUUAAAUGUGCCACCCCGCAUUGCUCUCAGUGUAGUCCAUUGCACUGUUCAAUUUUCUGGGAGGCUGGUGCAUGACAGGGGAUGUGAUACACCCACUCAAUGCCGUGCUCUUUGGCCCAAGUGUCUAUGAGGUUGUUUUGGAAAUGAGUCCUAUUGUCUGACUCAGUUCUCUCUGGGGUGCCAUGUCACCAGAAGACUUGCUUUUCACCCCCAGCCCACUCGCUGAUGGGGUGGGGUGAGGGGCAGAAAAGGCCUUGACUCUGUGUAAGCCCUGCUCAGCAGGAACGAAAACAUCCCUGUGUUAUCAACACUGUUUCCAGCACAAAUCCAAACCAUAGCCCCAAACUAGCCGCUAUGGAGAAAACUAACUCUACCCCAGCCAAAACCAGCACACCAAACUUUGGAAAUAACACAGAAUCCUUAGGGGUACCUCUAUUUGCAUGUGCAAUUGCACCAAUGAAAAACAAAUUUUACAAAUGUAUUAGAGUCUAUUGUUAUCUCCAAAACAAAAGCAAGGGUACUGGAAAUGAGUAUGCACAGGUAUUUCUUUGCAUUUGAGGAUUUAAUUUGUCUUUAAACAAUUCUGAAAUCCCUGCUUCAUAAAAAAGGAGAGAUUUAAUCUUUUGCAGGUGUAAUAAGAAUCUCUGACUUGAUUCCCAGGAAGAAAGAACUGAAAAAUUAUUACUUGUAUCCAUUACAUUUCAGUCUUUGCUAUGCCCAAUAGAGAGAAUUUAAGAGAGUUUUAAAACGGAAUGUAAACAAAAUUUUGUUGAUGCCCAAUGAAAGGCAACAUUUGCCUUUAUCCAGUGAUUGAAAUUGCAGCAUACCAUGCUUCAGCAAGUAUGUGCUCUGACGCUUUGUACGUGUUGUGAUAAGAUGAAAAAGGUCUAUGUGAGGACUUGCACUUUUUAGCUGCCUCCUACACCACUGGCAACGUGAUCAUCAAACAAUUUGAACAAUAGUGUUGUAGGUGCAGAAAUAAUAUAUUUGUGCGGGUAAUAUUUUGUGCGUCACUGUCGCUGUCAAAAUAAAUACUACUGUUUAGCAACA